AUGAGGAAGGAGUCCAAGGCACGGGAGGCUAUCAGGGCCAAGCUUGCUGCUAGGAAGGCGGCUGGUGGGUUGAAGAAGGAAAGUAGGGGAGAGGCAGGGGUGAAGAAGGGCAAACUUUGGGCGAAGUUAGCGAUAGGAGAGGAGGAGGAAGAAGAGGGUGUAGUAGAUGGAGGGGAGUAUGAGGGGAAUGCAUGGGAGGGAGAGGUGGGAGAUGGGGAAGAGGUAGACGAGGAGGAGGAGGAGGAGGGAGGAGAGGAAGUGGAAGAGGAGGAUGAAGGACAGGAAGAGGAAGGAGAGGAAGAGGAGGAGGAGGAGGAAGGAGAGGACGAAGAGGAAGCGGAGGAAGGGGAAGAAGAGGGGGAAGCGGAGGAAGGGGAAGAGGAGGAAGAGGAGGUGGUAGAGCAGAAAGAAGAACAGGAAGAAAAAAAGGAAGGAGGAAAGAGCGGAUGUGGUCUCUUCGGGUCUGCCGCCUCUUCCUCAUCUUCUUCCAGCGGCUUUGCAGGCUUCGGUGGUGGAGCAGCAGCAGCCCAGUCAUCGUCCUCCUCUUCGGCUAGUCCAUUUGGAGCCCCACCGGGGGCCUUCGGGUCCAAACCCCCUGCAUCGAGUCCCUUCGGGGCUCAGUCCAGCAGUGGAGGUUUCGGUGCAUUCGGGUCUUCACAGAGUAGCAGCAGCAGCAGUACCCCCUUCGGAGGCGCCUCCACAGCCUCGUCUGGUGGCGGCUUUGGUGCUUUUGGAGGGAAGUCGUCAACCCCAAGUCCCUUCGGCUCGGCAGCCACUACUGGCGGUGGCUUUGGGGCAUUUGGGAGUGGAGAGGCUUCGUCCAGUAGCGGCUUCGGCGCCUUCGGUUCGACGUCCUCCUCCUCGGCUGCCCAGACAAGCUUCGGCGCUUUUGGUGGAGGAGCCCAGAAGGGCGGACCCUUUGGUUCGACACCUUCCACAGGCGGCGGUUUCGGAGCAUUCGGUUCCACAUCGCAAUCCAGCAGCAGCAGCGGGUUCGGCGGCUUUGGUGGUGCUCAGUCAGCCUCGGGCUUCGGUGCAUUCGGAGGCACAUCCUCUCUGGCCUCGGGCAGCGGUGGCUUCGGUGGUGGGCAAAUCUCAUCUGGCUUCGGAUCGCUUGGAAGCUCACAGCUCCAAAGAAAUGAGAAGAAAACAGAGGUCGUCCCAUUCGCCAAGAAAGCGGAUGGCGAGGCUGUAGUGAAGACUGAGAAGGACGAUGGCCUUGAGGCGAGGGCGAAGCCUACUCCUCCACAGGAGAACGACUCCAAGGAAAACACCAAAGGUGAUCAUUGGUCCAGGCCUCGUAAGGUUAGCACUGAGAACUCUCGUGAGAUGUAG